AUGCGCUCGUGGCCGCGUCACACCUACAGUACGGGGACGGACACGGCAACCGGCGGCAUCACUGAAAGCGGCAUGGGCGAGGAGGCGCGUCCUCCCAAGCCACAGACGUGCGGCCGCCCACGACUGCUUUGCGUGCUGCUUCCUUUCGCCGGCCUGCUGGGCGGCACGGGGCUGGCGCUCGCCCUCGCCGGUGUGAUUGGCGGUGGCAUCUCAGACUCCAGCCCCCUCCCUUCACCGGAGCCCAUGGCUGACAGGGAAGCUGGUUACCGUGGCAACACUACAAGCUCCUCCCUCUCGGCGGUUUCGUCCCAGGCAACGUCCACUCUCCCGACCAUUACGGCGGCGGAUUUGUUGACGUCUGUCUCCUCCUUGAGCGCCACCUGGCUGACCGGCGCCACCUCCGCGCCAGACGCAGGGGGCUGUCAGCUACUAGCGGAGCCACAGUGCCACAUGUUACCCUACAACCAAACAUGGCUGUCGUCCUCCUCUGCCGUGGUAAAAAGCUCAGAGGUGGACAUGUUGCUAAGGUUCUUCAGCUACUUGAGCAGACUGUCAUGCUACAAGCACAUCAUGUUGUUCGGCUGCUCUUUGGCCCUGCCGCAGUGUUUCCAUGACCAAGCUGACGCCCACCACAGGUGGGUGGAGUUGCCGUGCGCGUCCUUCUGUGAGGCGGCCAGGGAAGGUUGCGAACCGGUCCUGCAGAUGUUCAACGCCUCCUGGCCCGAUUUCCUGCGCUGCUCGAGGUUCAGCAACUCUACCUCGUCACCGACUCCCGCCUGCUAUACACCGCGACAGGCUGUGGGAAAACCUUCAUCGUGCGGGAAGGACGACUUCCUUUGCGCCACAGGGAAUUGUGUCCCUCAGAAGCUGGUGUGCAAUGGCCACAACGACUGCGAUGACUGGAGCGACGAGACGCACUGUGUGUGUUCAGAUGUGCAGUUUCGCUGCUCGACAGGCCGCUGCUUGCCACCGAUUCUGCUUUGCGAUGGCUACGACGACUGCGGUGACCUCAGCGACGAACUCGACUGUGUAUGCGAUACAUCGCGGGAGCACCGCUGCGGCGACGGCCGCUGCAUAUCCAAGGACUGGCUGUGCGACGGGGACCACGAUUGUCUCGACAAGAGCGACGAGCUCAACUGCUCAUGUCGCAGCCAGGGUCUUUGGGAAUGCCGUAACAGUCAGUGUAUUCCCCCGACGUUCCGUUGCGACGGAGAGGACGAUUGCAAAGACGGCAGCGACGAAGAGCGUUGCGUACGCGAACAGACUCAGGCCACCUGCCCCCCAUCGCAGCCCGGCUGCACGUCCACUUCCUGCAACCCACGACACGUUAACUGCACUGGCUGUGAGCCAAUCAGCUUGGAGCUGUGCAUGAACCUGCCCUACAACCUGACGCGCUUCCCCAACUUCCUGGGUCACGUGUCGCAGCGGGAGAGCUCCGUGUCAUGGGAGUCUUCACUCUUCCCGGCGCUGGUGCAGACGAGUUGCUACCAAUACCUCAUGUUCUACGCCUGUACCCUGCUGGUACCUAAGUGCGACCCCGUCAGCCUCAGCACUGUACCGCCCUGCAGGUCUCUGUGUCGCACGGCCAAGGAGAAGUGCGAAUCCGUGUUAGGCAUCGUGGGAUUGCAGUGGCCGGACGACUCUGAUUGCGCUCAGUUUCCCGAAGAGGGAGGCGACUCCCCCUGCCUUCUGCCCGAGGCGGGCGUAGACGAGUGCUCCCCCAGCCACUUCAAAUGCCGCUCGGGACGCUGUGUCCUCGCCAGCAAGCGCUGCGACGGUCUCGCCGACUGCGACGACCGGAGUGAUGAAGACCACUGCGGCUGUACUGAGCGCGCUCUGUGGGAAUGUCCUGACAGUGGUAUCUGCAUUAAGACCAGCAUGAUCUGCGACGGGUUCCCAGACUGCCCCCUGCUGGCCGAUGAGGUCAACUGCUCGGCAUGUGGUGAUAACGAGUUGGCGUGCAACAAUCACGAGUGCGUGCACAGAAUGCUGUGGUGCGACGGAAAGAAACACUGCAGCGACGCCUCCGAUGAGUGGGACUGUGUUUCUCUGAACCCAUCCUCAGGUUCCAUCAUGACCGUGUUGAGGACGGCCGACCACUAUCACGUGUGUGCAGACGAGUGGAAUCAGCAGCUGAGUGAACUGACCUGUGACCAGCUGGGACUAGGGGUUCCAGCAUCUAUCUCCAUGGUACCUGAGCAGGGAGGUUCUACGGGCCGCCGUCGCUGGUUACACGUUCAUCCGGAGUGGAACAACAGGAAAGGCUCUGCUCUGCAGGCACACCUCGAGAAGAGGAGUCAUUCGUGUCAUUCCGGGAGGAAGGUAGCUCUGGUCUGCGUCCGAGACGAUUGCGGUCUGCGCCCGUCAGUGGGCGUGCAACCCUCCAGGCACAAGAGGAUCCUGGGAGGGCGUGUGGCUCGGCAGGGGGCGUGGCCAUGGCAGUGCUCGCUGCAGAGCGGUCAGAGCGGUCACGUGUGCGGCUGUGUUCUUGUAGGCAGGAAGUGGGCCUUGACGGUGGCGCACUGCUUUGAGGGGAGAGAAAAGGCCCAGCUGUGGAAAGUCCUCGCGGGUCUCAACAACUUGGACCAUCCGGGUGAGCACAGUCAGAUACGCGGUGUGCGAGCCAUCACAGUGCACCCGCGCUACAACCGAGCUGUAGUGGACUAUGACAUUAGCGUCGUAGAAUUGGACUCUGAGGUGGAUGAGACUGCAUGGGUGCGACCUGUGUGUCUGCCCGGACCUGACCAGAUUCCCACUCCGGAUUCAUACUGCUACAUCACGGGAUGGGGCCACAUGGGCAACAGGAUGCCAUUCAAGCUGCAGGAGGGACAGGUGCGGAUCAUCUCCAUGUCUCAGUGCCAGUCCUACUUCGACAUGAAGACAAUCACUCCCAGAAUGCUUUGCGCAGGCUAUGAAGCCGGGACUGUCGACUCCUGCAUGGGUGAUAGUGGUGGUCCGCUGGUUUGCGAGGAGUCGCCUGGAGGGCACUGGACGUUGUUCGGCCUGACGUCUUGGGGCAGCGUGUGCUUCAGCAAAGUGUUAGGACCCGGCGUAUACAGCAACGUCAGUCAUUUCACACCGUGGAUACGCCGGCAGAUCUUCAUGCGCACGUACCUUCCCGACUGA